GGGCAAGAAAAUAUCUGUCGGAAAGAGCGAGGGGCGUUGGGGGUAGCGACCCCCGGGAAGCCUAGCCUGCAAGGGAGCAGCCCGCUGGGCAUGGGGCGGCCUUGGCAUGAGCAGCGGGAACCCAGUGUUGGAUAACGAGGGUGGGGGGAUCUGCGGUUCUCUCCCCUCGACGGGGGUCUGCUUUAGCCACAGGCUCCACCCUUCCGAAAAGGGGUCGAGAGUAUAAGUUCCAGGCGGCUGCUGCGCCCACCCCGCGAGUGCCUUUCGGAGCCGGGUCUUGAGCUCUCGCUCUUAAGGGCGAGGGGUUGGAUGUUCUAUGCAGUCCAAUUCAGCAUGUUACUGACCAGGUCAUAGGCUAAAGCUGCACUUCUCUGUGGCUUGGGGGGAAUCCAUUCCUUCCACAUCUUUCUCUCCCCAAGUUGCAGCAGCAACACCUUCUACUGACCUGGUGGCAUUUCAAUACCUUUUGGCUGCACAAUAGAGGAAUUUAAUGAAUGGAUAAAAGCAAUCUUCCUGUGGUUCCUGCAAACCUAUGUAGUUCAGAAAACUGUCUCCCUGAAUCCCUAUUUCAGUUCUACUUGACAGAAGUGGCAUAUCAGUGGCAGAGAUUUUGAACGAUUGAAAAUGACUGUCAAAGCAACAAGAAUGUCAUGCAUUGCUCCAAAUGUUUAUACUAAAGUGCCUGAUGGAGGAUGGGGCUGGAUUGUGGCAUUUGCUUUCUUCUUUGUGGAGGCCUUGACAUAUGGCAUUAUCAAGUCUUUCGGAGUCUUCUUUACAGACUUAGUGCAAAGUUUUGAGGAAACCAACAGCAGGAUAUCAUGGAUAAUCUCAAUAUGUGUAUUUGUACUAACAUUUACAGCACCCCUUUCUACAAUAUUGUCUAAUCGCUUUGGUCAUCGUCUGGUAGUGAUGAUUGGAGGAGUACUAAUCAGUACAGGAAUGGUUGUAGGCUCCUUUGCACGCACAGUUGUUGAAAUGUACAUCUCAAUUGGCAUAGUCUCAGGCUUAGGAUACUGCCUUGCCUUUCUCCCAACUGUCACCAUUCUGUCACAGUAUUUUGACAAAAGGCGUUCAUUAGUCACAGCAGUGGCUUCUACAGGAGAAUGCUUUGCUGUUUUUUCCUUUGCACCAGCCAUCACUGCUUUGAAGGAACAUAUUGGUUGGAGAUGCAGCCUGUUGUUUGUUGGUCUACUGCAACUCGGAAUCAUUGCCUGUGGAUCACUUCUGCGACCCAUUGUGUUCAAAGCACAGGAAGUGGUGAAAGCACCUCCAGUGGAAGAGCAAAGAGAGACAAAAUACAUGCUUGAAAACGAGCAGACACGCACCUCAAUAGAUUCCAUUGACUCAGGAGUAGAAGUAACUACCUCAACUUGCAACAUGCCUGGAGAUGCCAAACUAGAACUGAGAAGUGAAGGAGAACAAAAGGAAAAUGCAGAGAUGCUCAUAGAAACUAGUAGCAUUCCACCUAAGGAACCAAAAGUCCAACUCCUAGACUUCUCUGUGAUGAAAAACUAUAGCUUUAUUUGUUAUGCACUCUUUGGUCUAUUUGCUACUCUGGGAUUCUUUGCUCCUUCCCUAUACAUAAUUCCAGUUGGCAUGAGCCUUGGCAUUGACAAGGACCGCUCGGCAUACAUACUGUCAGCAAUGGCAAUUGCUGAGGUCUUCGGCCGAAUCACUGCUGGCUGGGUUCUCAACAAAAAGCCUAUACGAAAAAUUUACAUCGAACUCAUCUGUGUCAUUCUGCUGGAUAUUGCCCUCUUUGCCUUUCCUUUUGCCUAUGAAUUUUGGGGACUAAUGAUAUGUAGCAUUUUCUUUGGGUUCAUGCUUGGGACAGUAGCAGGCACUCACAUUCCUAUGCUAGCUGAAGAUGAUGUGGUUGGCAUCGAGAAGAUGUCGUCUGCUGCAGGGGUUUAUGUAUUUAUUCAAAGUUUAUCAGGGCUGGCUGGACCACCCCUUGCAGGUGUACUAGUGGAUACGACAAAGAACUAUAGCUCUGCCUUCUACUCCUGUGCUGCUGGCAUGCUGUUGGCUGCUGUGUUCCUUUCCUUGGUGAGGCCUUGCAAGAAGCUACAGUGUCAAAGUAAGAGGCAACCAGUACAGAAGAACCUGUCUGAGCCAUUACAGAAUGUACCAGAUGACUUCAUAGAACCCGAUCUUGGAAGAAAUGAGGACGCUGUAAGAGGAAGUGACAGCAUGGCUUGAAAUUGUUUAGAGACUGGAGGGGUGGGGGAGGGAAACGAGUCAGCUUUGGACCACCUUCUAAAAACUUCACUUUAAAGGGAAUGCAAAAUCAUAAAUUUGAGCAGAUUUAUCGAUCCUUUUAGAAAGUCUGAGUAAUGAUACAUAGGUUUUGAAAACACCUGGAAUGCUACAUUCCACUCAAUAACCCUGUAAGUGCACUCCUACCCAGCAUGAAAUUGUGGUUCAAAUUCCCAUGUUCUUAACAAGAGAUGUAAUUUCCAUUCAUGGGAAGAAACCAUCAAUUAUGUUAAAAAAGAAUCAAAUGUGGAUCACAUAAUGAGAACUAUUAGUUUGCAGCUUCCAUAUUGUUAGAUCCUUGUAACAGAAGCUUUGCUCUAGCAAUGAAUGAGACAGAAAGAGCAACACAAAAGAGAUGAUUUGAUAAAACAAGUCACCCCGAACAUUCCCCCCCUCAAGAAUCCGAUGAAAAGGAUUCUUCUAGAUAUUAGUUGCUGGGGAUAAAGGGGGUUGGGUUUAAUAGUUAGAGAAGGGGUGAGGACCCUGCAACUUCAAUCAGCCUUCCCAGCUUUUUGAACUUUGGUUCCCACCAACCCAGGCCAGCAUGGCCAAUAGUCAGGAGCGCUGGGAGUUGUAGUCUCACACAUCUGGAUGGCACCCUGUUGGGGAAGACUGACCUUACAGCAUGAAUAGCAGGGGUUUGGGAUUGUUUUUAAAUAUUUGCUUGAACUUCAGAAGUACUGAAAAGUUGGAGACCACCACUUCUAUUUUAUGGCCAGUUACUACUGCAGAUAUUUCAUGACCUUACCUUUCACUCCUGCCUAAAUUCUUGCAGUCUAGUCCUAUACAUACUUAUUCAAACUUUUGAUCCAUUGAGUUCAGUUUGCAGCUUUAAACUGCAGUCUCAGGCACUUACCAUCAAAUAAGCUCUAGUGAACUGAGCGAGACUUGCUUCUGAAUAGACAUAUAUAGAAUUGCACCAUUAAUUUUUAAAAUUCCCUUUUGGUAGUUGGACAAAUCAACAUAAUUGCAUUGUGAUUUAAUUUAAAACUAGUAUUUAUUCUUAUUUUUAAAGUAUUAGAAUCAACCCUUUAGGGGUAAAGUCUUUUAAAAAAACAGCCACAACAACUCCAGUCUAUUCAAUUCUUUCAUACAUUUGUCCUGAGGGUUUUUAUAAUUACUCUAAGGCAUAGGUAGCAAUUCUGUUUUUUAUUUAAAAGGAUUCUGAGACAAACCAUGCCUUAAAAAUGAAGCACAGUAGUUGUUUUGGAAUAUCACUGCCAAAACAACAAGACUGUGUUAUUCCAUUUGGUAAUACAUUAAAGGCAGGGUCCUGUAUGGCUGAGCAUUGUAGUUUGAUCUGAUGAAAUAUUUCAAGUAUGUUGGGUAUUGCAUUAAGACCAUUUAUGUGGUAAAAAUAGAGCCUAUAGCUAAAUGUUUUUUUUUUUUUCUGAAUCAUACAAGAGAAUUUGCAGGUUAAAGCCUCACUGCAUCUCUUGACAUGCUGUUAACCAGACCUUCACCCUUCAUUGUGAGGGCCGUCUCUGUGGUUUAAGCCAGCUUUGCACCACACCAGGCAACAUGGAAGGGCAGGAUGUAUGAGCUGAGCCUUGGAGACUUGUUCAUUUGUAAACAUUCCAUUAAUCAGCUACAUUCUAUAUGAACCAAGAAAAGGAUCAAUGCAGAAAACCCAAAGCAGCAAAGAGAAAUGUGCCAUUUAACGCGCAUACACACACACGUGGCAGUUUACAUUUUUUCAAUAUGACAAGAGUACUUGACAACUGCCACAGGCAUCAAAUUAGUCCUAAAAAAUGAAUGCUACCACCCUGAAUGCUAAUCUUGUUAGCACAGGAAAGUCAGUGUGUAUUUUGCCACUGGCUUUCAAGAAGCAUAAUUAGAAAAUGCAGUUGGAUUUUUCUCCCAUUUUCAGUCAAUUUAUGUGAAAAGAAAGGGAAUUCUAGGAUAAAAUAAUAUGUUGACUAUUCACUCUUAAAAUAUAACUUAAGAAAGGUGACAUAAGCUCGCUUAUUCCACUUUUAUGCAUCUAUUUGUCACUAGACAACUCAGGGGGACAAAAAUGAGAAAAUAUAAAGAUCUGUUUUGGAUAUGAAUACACACUGCACAGAUUAAAAAGUUUUUCCAUAUUUCAGUGGGAGUACCACUGUAUAUGGAUUGUUCUGCUAAUUUAGGUAUUAUGAGACAUAGAAAUGUUUUUUUUUUUCCUGAAGCCUUUGCUAAGCUUUUAACUUGCUGGUACCUGAAUCCUGAAUGCAUUUUUUAGUUUCCUUGCAAUUUCAAUGUUAUUCCCAUUUUUGGGUUGAAACCCAUUUGGGGGAUGCUGGGUGAUUUUUAGUGAUUCAUACUUUCCAGUUAGGUAUCCUUGAUACCAAAACACUAAGCUGUGAUCCUAAGCAUAAUUAUUUGGAAGUAUGUCCCACUAAAAACAGUUCAGUUCAGGUGUUAAAAAGCGCCAAAUACAGGAAAAGGUGCUCUUGCAGCAGAGUUGCUUUAGCAGUCCACACUCCUUCAUUGCCUGAAAGCUAUGGAGAUGAUGUUGCAGUUCAGUGUCCUUUGUAUACCUUCAGCACUUUAUCACGUACAGCAGAACCUGGAUAAAUUGCAGCAGUUGCUGGGAGACACACACCAUCUCUGCCAGGGAGAUGGCUAACUUUUCCAUUUCUGAACUAGUGAGUAAAGAUCAAACAUGAGGCUUGCGUUUAUAAAUUAUUUAUUUAUUUAUUUAUUUGGAAGUAUACCUUAUUAUUCAUCAUUAUACUUCAAAAGCAAAACAGCAAACAUGCUCUGUAAUAACGGCAAAACUAAGGGAGUCUUCAUAAUACAAGACUUAAGUACAGUUUUGCAGUUCCGACUUUGCUAAAGUUAGUAUGUCAAAGAGGAUGUUAUACAUGAAUGGGAAAACCUAGCUGCCCUGCAGAUUAACAAGGUUCUGCUGUAUUUUUACAAGGAUUUCCAAUACUAAAUAAUGUGUACAUAACUGACUGCAUCCUAGGUUACUGUGUAUGUACAUAUCAUAUUAGCAUGACCACCGUGUGCACAUUUGUGUAUGCAAGAAAAUCAAACCCAGGAUUUAACACAGUCAUAGCAGGAUUGCUGGUUUGUUCUGUACUGUAAUUAGUGAACUCUGGAAGUGCUACCAAAUACUGAGUUUUGCAAUAAACUUUUUUAAAAGAAAAAUACUGUAUUUGUAUUAAAUAUUACAUCUUCAUUC